AUGUCUAUAUAUUCCACGCCUUUGAAGAGCGGGAUUGACUAUAGCAGGACAGUUUUGGGUCCAUCAAACGUGGGAAUUGGCGGAAAUGACAUGACAAACGACGUAAAAAGACCCUUGGGUACUGAGCAUGGUUCGUUGAUGGUCUCUGGCUUCAACAUGGUGGGUCCAGCGGCCACGAUAGGUAGUGCCACCGGUGAGGAGCACCUUCGAGUAUCUGAUUUCGCGGACAAGCCUCCGCUGGAGUUGGCUAGCCAAUACAUCGACCACAUGCAGAACCGGGAUUCCAGCAGUCCUGUGUUAGACGAGCGUUCUUACUAUAACAAUGGCGUUAACUAUAACUUUAGCAAGGAAGUUGGCGGCUUGGGAGCUUUUACACCGCUGGAACGCACUCAAGUUAUCAAUAUUCCGGACGUGAUUUUGCGUGAGGCGGCCAAGGCUGAAAUCAAGAGCGAUAUGGGUCUCUUCCCCGAGCUCAAUCGGUGUUGGAUAACUAUCGAUAACAAGUUGAUCUUGUGGAAUCUGGACCACGCGUCUGAUUUCCAGUCUAUAGACGAUAUCAAGCACACGAUUCUGUCAGUAGCAUUGGUCAGACCAAAACCCAAUACUUUUGUUGAGUCCGUCAAUCAUUUACUCCUCAUUGCUACUCCAUUUGAUAUUUAUGUGCUUGCAAUCGAACAUAAUGCAAGCACUUGUGAGCUUGCGGUGUUCAACACCGGCAUGUGCAUAUCUGUCCAUGGGUUAGACGUGAGCAACUUCGUAUCGUGCGAAAAAACUGGGCAAAUAUUUUUCUCGGGGAAAUCGAGUGGCACCAAUAUCUGGGAACUUCAAUACUCUAGCACCGAGGAUUGGUUCAACAGUAAAUGCAAUAAAGUGUGUCUGACACAAUCAAUUUUCAGUAGUUUACUACCAACGAAUUUAAUGUCAAAAAUUCCCGGAAGCAACUUAGUACAAUCAUUUUUCGAAGAAAGCUCCAAAUACUCUACUGAACAUCUAAUACAAAUUUGUGUUGAUGAAUCUAGAGAUAUUCUGUAUUCCCUGUCCAACAAAUCUGCUAUACGUGCCUACAAAAUCAAUGGAAAGCAUUUGGAAGGCCCACUUUCGAUCGAAACAUCAUAUAUCAAGCGUAUCAUGGGCACCACGUCGGCCAGAGGCGCUGCAAUCUUGGGCAAUAAAUAUUUGAAGAUCUCCAAACUGACUGUUGUCUCAGGAACAGAAAAUAGCAAUCUAUUUUUAGUGGCCAUAACAGUCGGCGGUGUUCGAAUCUAUUUCAACGGCUCAUCGAACAAAACGCAUCUGGAAGCUUUGAGACUGGAGUCGAUAAAGUUUCCGCCAAGUUCCGUCACCCCAGAAGCUAUACAACAGGAGCUUCAACAGCAGCAGCAGAAAAAGAAUGUGCCAUUUUAUUCGUCGCUCGCAAGCUCCGAGUCGGUUAUGCUGAAAUUUCAAAAAAAAUCCUCGGUGCUUUUAGAGUCAACUCAAGCAAGCACGAUUAUAUCGCCCGGCAUUUUCUUCUCUGCGGUGUCGAAAGUAUCCCAGCACGAUAAUGCCGGACCUGCACAAGAUCAGCUAUCUGGUCAACAACAAAAGUCGAACCCAACAGUUCAUUGGGCUGGUGGACUACCUCCUGUCCAAUCACAAACUUCAGGUGCUGAGCCAUCAAGCACUCACGUACCGCAACAAAAGUUGUUUGUCUCUAUCCCUGAUUACGGUAUUUUAAAAAGGCAUGGAAAGUAUGUGGAAAACGCUACUCUACUAGACACUUCGGGAAUUGUGAAACACAUUGUGCCGAUAAGUCCCUUAUUCAAUGCCACAAAUAAGCCGGAGGGCUAUGCAAACGAGUUUGCAACUCAAUAUACUUCCUCUGAGUUCAAAGUCGCUGUUCUUACAAGCUCAACUGUGGAAAUUUACAGAUACAGAAACCCUGACGCUGUAUUUGAAUCCUUAAUUGAAAAUCCCCUACCCUUUGUUUUAAACUAUGGUUUAACUGAAGCAUGUUCCACUGCUCUCUUUGUUACUUGUAAGUUCAACAAGUCUGAAGCGUUAAGAUCGAAUGCUCUAACAUUUUUCGCAGUUGGCUUGCCAGGAGUAACAGACAUCAAGCCAAGAUACAGCACCUUUGCUUCAUCUGCGAUUCCCACUAUAUUAUCCAAACCCUCCAUGAUUUCUACUCCUCAAAGACCUUCUUCGGAGGCAGACAAGGUAGGCUUCGCCUUGUCAAGGACUGAUGACAACUUUAACUUGGGAGAUGUUGUAUUAUCGCCCAGAUUCUAUGGUAUUGCCCUAUUCAUUGCCAGGCUUUUCAGAGAUAUUUGGGAUAAACCGGUCUUUGUGAAAAAUCCUACCGCAAAGUUCGACUUACAAUCUAAGUUGAGGAAGAAUUUGGCCAACGAGGAUAAUCUCAUUGAUUCGAUAUCGAGUAUCAAAUCUGAUGUGGAGUACUAUCUUUCUUCUGUUAUGAUUUUGAAUGAUUUCUUUGAUACUUACGGAAACACUAUCUCUAGCAUAUCAAUCCCCUCAUUUCAGAAUGCAAAAAAUGUUGACAGGUCUGAGGAAGUUGCCAAUCAAGCAGAAAACAUCGCGAUUAACUCUUUAAUCAAACUAAUUCACUCGAUGAAAGAAGCUUUUUCGUUUCUGAACGUCUUGUUCGAAGAGAGUGAAGUUGAGGGCUACGAAGGUCAAUAUUUGGCUUUCAAGGAUAUCAUCAAGUUUUUGAAUCUCGAAACUCAAGCUGAAUUAAUCAAGCUUAACUACAAAGAUAUUUUCGCUCCUAAUGAAACCACUAAAAAUCACUUGCGGGAGAUCUUAUCCUCUAUUAUCAACAGGAACAUUUCAAGAGGGGGCUCCAUUGAAUAUAUUGCCACUGCAUUACAGGAAAGGUGUGGAUCAUUUUGUUCAAGUAGUGACAUUUUGGGAUUCCGCGCAGUGGAACACCUAAGGAAAGCUAAAGAAAUUGGUUUGCGCGAUCACGAGACGUCCAACUAUCACCUAACCACGGCUAUCAAAUUAUUUGAGAAGAUUGUUGACACCAUUUCAAUUGAAAGACUGAAGGAAGCUGUUUCAACUAUGAUAGAUUUGAACUACUAUCCUGGCACUAUAAAGUUUUUGCUGAACAUAGCAAAUUCCAUGGAUAAAGGUAAACUUGCAUAUCAGUAUGUGGCGGAUGGUUAUUUAGAACAAGAUCCACGAAAGACAUAUUACGAAAAGCGUAUUCUUGCUUAUGAACUUGUCUUUGAAACGUUAGUGAGAGUCGAUGAAAUGGUGUCAGCUGCUGUCUCUACUGGAAUUCCUAGUUUGAACAAUGUUGAGGAAUUGUCAAAACUAAAGGAGGAGAGUUACGCUACAGCUUUGAAGUACAAUGACAAACUUUUCCAUUAUCAUUUGUAUGAUUGGCUGGUAUCUCAAAACUCACAAGAGAAACUAUUACAAUUGGAUACCGAUUUCAGUUUGAUGUAUUUACAAGAAAAAUCUAAGGAGUCUUUGGAAAUCUCGAAUUUGCUGUGGGUUUACCAGUCAAAGAGAUCUCAUUUCUAUUCUGCUGCUCAGAUUUUGUACUCUUUAGUCAUAUCCGACUUCGAAAUAAACUUAGGGCAGCGCAUUGAGUACUUAUCCAGAGCUAACGGAUUUUGUAAUAGUGUUUGUGCACCAAACCAACGGCAACAAAUGAUUCAUCUAGCCGGCAUGAUUCAAGAGAUAUUUGACGUGGCUAGUGUCCAGGAUGACAUUUUGACGUUGGUAAAAAAAGAUCUGAGAAUUGCUUCGGACACUAAACAAGAACUGAUAAAGCAUUUGGACGGCAAAAUUUUACCCGUCAGUGACUUAUUUAAUGAUUAUGCGGAUCCCAUGGAGUACUAUGAGGUUUGCUUGGCGAUAUUCAGGAUCUCAGAUUUCAGAAAUAAUGAUGAAAUCAUCUCCAAAUGGACACAGUUGUUUGAUUCGCUAAAAAUUGAGUUGAACCAAGAAGGGGAUUUGGAAGAAUCGGCCAAUUUCAUAAAUCUUCUGACCGCGGUUGUAGUCAGAGUUGGUAGGAAUGUGAAAACUUCUGAAUUCGUGUUCCCAAUCGCAGACUUAUUUCCUAUAAUAUGCGAUUUUUUUUAUGAGAAUUUGCCACAGGACCACAUUAAAGAAGGAUCUAUAACGUCCAUUUUUGUGUCUGCGGGCGUUUCAUUCGAUAAACUUUACUACAUGCUUAAGAACUUGAUAGAAACCGCUGAUUCUGCGAACAACAUUUACAAGAAAGAAAUGGUAUGGCUUAUCAAAGAAUGGUAUGAAUCUGACACUAAGUUGAGGGACCUUAUUUCAUUCGAUGAUGUCCGCAACUUGAAAACAUAUAGCAUUGAAAAUGAUCCUAUCGAAAACCAAGUCAAGAAGACAGGUAUAAGCAUCUAA